AAAUUGUAGGCCUCCAUUUUCAACGGCAGUUGCGUCCACCAAGUCUUCACACGGGUCAAUCUUUUUGACCACUGGGGAAGCUUCAUCGCACCAUCCCCAUUCCCCCAAUCAUUUUUACCACUGUAUUAUCACCAUCAUCAUCAAGCUUACUGAACCAGCCAUAACACCCAUCAAUGGAGCCACCCUUCUUAUUCUUGAUUCCUUUCCUCUUUUCUUUCUAUGCAUUAUUCACUUCUUCCAUGGCAGCAAACACCAUCGCAGUGAAUCAAACCAUUACAGAUGGCCAAACCAUUGUUUCACCCCAACAGUCCUUCGAGCUCGGCUUCUUUAGCCCAACCACCACCACCCACAACCGCUACUUAGGGAUAUGGUACAAACGGCUAGCAACCGACACGGUUGCGUGGGUUGCGAAUAGAGAAACCCCGAUCGCAAACAAAUCCGGUGAGCUAACUCUCCAUCCCAACGGAGUCUUGGUGCUCCGUGACUCCACCACCAACCGAACCAUCUGGUCUUCGGGUUCAACCCGAACCUCUCCGAAUCCAAUCGCUCAGCUAUUGGAUUCCGGGAAUCUUAUGGUGUUGGAUCAGGAAGGUGGCAACGAUGAUCCCGAAGAUUAUAUCUGGCAAAGCUUCGAUCAACCCGGAAAUACGUAUCUUCCGGGUAUAAAGUUUGGGAGGAACUUGCAGAAGGGUGUGGUAACAAACUUCACAUCAUGGAAAACAGAUGAUGAUCCUUCUGAAGGUGAGCAUAUGGUUUAUAUGGAUUUCAAUGGCUUACCUCAAAUUUAUCAGAAUAAAGGAGAUGUGAUUCACAUGAGACUUGGAUCAUGGAAUGGUCUUAGCCAUACGGGCAUGCCAACUCUGAAACCGAAUCCGAUUUUCACAUUCGAACAGGUUUCAAACGAUAGAGAGAUCUACUACAAAUUCGAACUCAUUAACAGCUCUAAUUUGAUCAAGAUGAUGUUAACGACGAAUGGGGACUUAGUUCGAUUGAAUUGGGUCAAUCGAUCCCAAGAAUGGUCUUUAUUUUCGACACCCGAAGUAGACAAGUGCUCCCAAUACGCGGUAUGUGGGCCUUACGCGAGUUGCAACACGGAGCAAUUCCCGGUUUGCGGGUGUUUGAAAGGUUUUGUCCCUAAGAAUCCACAACAGUGGGAUGCAGCGGAUUGGACAAGCGGGUGUCGAUGGGAAAUACCGUUGGAUUGCGGUGUUGGAGAAGGGUUUCGACGGUAUCCAUUGAUGAAAUUACCCGACACCCGAAAAUCGUGGUUCGACCGGAAAAUGAGUCUCGAACAAUGUCGGAUUAAAUGUAAAAACGAGUGUAAUUGUUCGGCGUAUUCAGCUUUGGACAUCCUAGUUAAUAUUGGCUGUAUAUUAUGGUACGAUGUCGAUGAAUUGAUAGAUAUCCGAUCGUUUCCUAAUAUUGGACAAGAUAUAUACAUACGGAUGACAGCCGUUGAAUUAGAGAAAGAUAAAAAGACAUCGAGCGGUAACAAGAAAGCGAAAAUCAUCGUCAUUUCUAUAAUGGUAGGAUCAACGGUUCUACUGGGAUUACUCGUAUUGAUGAUCAUUAGGAAGAGGAAGGAGAAGCGACAAGAACGACAUGAUCCCGUUGCAAAAGACAAAGAAGAAAGCCAAAUAUAUGAAUCGCGAAAAGACAAUCUACAUGACCUACCGUUGUUUAGUCUGUCCACGCUAUUCAAGGCGACCGACAACUUCUCAGAUAGCAACAAGAUCGGGGAGGGUGGUUUUGGACCGGUAUAUAAGGGAUUUCUAGAGGAUGGACGAGAAAUUGCAGUGAAACGGCUUUCCGAGAGUUCCACACAAGGAGUUGACGAGUUCAAAAAUGAAGUCCUUUUCAUUUCCAAGCUUCAGCAUCGAAAUCUCGUCAAGAUUCUGGGAUGUUGCAUCGAAGGGCAAGAAAAGACGUUAGUUUACGAGUAUAUGCCUAACAAAGGGCUCGACUUGUUUCUAUUUCAAGAGGACAAGAGAAAAACACUCAACUGGACACAACGAUUUCACAUUAUCAAUGGUAUUGCUCGGGGUCUACUUUAUCUUCAUCAAGAUUCUCGAUUGCGAAUCAUACACAGAGACCUUAAAGCAAGCAAUAUUUUGCUUGAUCAUGAAAUGAACCCGAAGAUAUCAGAUUUUGGCAUGGCAAGAAGCUUCAGAGGCAAUGAUACCGAAACAAAAACUAAAAGAGUAGUCGGAACAUAUGGAUACAUGUCCCCGGAGUAUGCUGGAAAUGGUAUUUUUUCAGUUAAAUCCGACGUAUUCAGUUUCGGCGUUUUGGUGCUAGAGAUUGUGAGUGGGAAGAAAAGCCGAGGGUUCUUUCAUAUGACACACAACGAUAACCUUCUUGGACAUGCAUGGAGACUCUACAAUGAAGGAAAUAUCUUGGAACUGGUUGAAGCAUCUUUGAUCGAGUCAAAUUGUACAUUUGAGAUGUUACGAUCGAUCCAUGUGGGUUUAUUAUGUGUUCAAAACAACCCGGAUGACAGACCAACCAUGUCUACCGUCAUUAUGAUGAUGAGCAGCGAUGGUCCUCUUCCAGAACCGAAACAACCUGGCUUUUAUAUUGAAAAUGGUAAAUUUCAACCUGGGAAUUCGUCUAGCAUGCAAACACAAGAGUCGAACGGCGAUAUCACAAUUACAGUUUUGGAGCCUAGAUAGAUCGAACUCCAUAUUUCCCACCACGGAUUAUUAAAAAAAAACUUGAUUCCAUAGUAUGUUAAUAGUCGGGAAAGUCGUAGUAGGCACUGAUACAAAGAAUGUAGCCAGUGUCAUCAACUAUAUUAAGCCAUUAGGUUAUGAGUAAUCCAGUAUUUUUGGUUCACUUUCUCAUCGUUGUAAUGAAAUGAAUUUCUCUUUUCA